UUAAUCAUACACAACUUCAUUAACCAGCAAUUAGGGAGGAGAAAACAGAAGAUUAAUAACAUGAAAAUCAUUACAGCUGUGGUUAUUCUAGGCUGCCUGCUUGUUGUAGAGGUGAAAGGCCAGGCUAGAGUUCCGAAGGGCAGGUGUUUUUGUGCAGACAAAGGUGUGAACAUGGUUCCUCCAAAACUGAUUGAGAAGAUUGAAAUCAUUCCACCAAGUCCCUCUUGUAAAACCCAGGAGAUUGUUGUUACUCUGAAAAACAGUACAGAGCAGAAAUGCUUGAAUCCAGAAUCUAAAUUCAUGCAGAAAUACAUAAUGAAGGCUGUUGAAAAGAGGAGCCUGUAGUAGAAAUAGGAGAAGAAAUAGCCUGCAGAUGAAUCCAUAUGAGCUAUUGUAAAGUGAAGAACAUAUUAUAUCAGCACCCUACGAUCAGUAACCAACAUCCUUCAGACAAAUCUUAAACUGAAAUUUUGAAUGUAGAUCUUUCCUUAAUGUUUGCUUAAAUGUUUCCAAAAUGUUGUGUUUGGAACUUGUUUUGUGUCUGAUAAACAUGAUCAUUAAUCACUGUUGUGCAUUUUAAAAUAGUAAUGCAAAACAUGCCUGAUUUCAGUGUGUCAUACGUACAGUCGUGCAAAAUAAAGGUUUUGUUGACAUUUCAGUAUAUACAUUAUAUUGUUGUACUUAUGGUCAUUCUAUAGAGCAUAGAUUAAAAAUAAACUAAAUAAAAAACAAAA